AUGCUCGUUCCUCAAACUGAUCCUGCUUCGAAGCCGAAGCCCUAUAAGAGAAUCAUAUUUUACCAUCAGACGCAAUACAAAGACAAUAAAUACAUCUCACUUCAACCUACGAUUCUCCCAGCCACCGGAGUUACCCACGUCAUUGUCGCGGCCAUCCAUCUCAACACGCCUGAGCGCAUCACGCUCAACGAUGAUCUAUAUGAUGCAGACAAGUUUAUUCCCCUCUGGGAUGAAGUCCGUCAACUUCAAGCAGCCGGUGUAAAAGUCCUCGGCAUGCUCGGAGGCGCAGCUCAAGGCUCAUACACUAAAAUGGACGGGUCGCUGGAGGGUUUUCACAGAUGGUAUCAACCGUUGCGCAAAAUGAUCGCGUGGGCGGGCUUUGACGGACUAGACCUAGAUAUUGAAGAGGCCAUGUCGCUUGGCGGCGUUAUCCGUCUGAUUGAUCACCUCAAGACAGACUUUGGCCAAUCCUUCCUCAUCACCCUCGCGCCCGUCGCACCCGCUCUGCUUAACAGGCAGAAUCUCGGAGGCUUCAACUUGGAAGAGCUGGAAAAGGGCCUUGGCUCGAGAAUCGCGUGGUACAACACGCAAUUCUACUGCGGCUGGGGUGACAUGAGCAAAACACACGACUACGACACGAUAAUCGCGCGCGGCUGGCCACAGGAAAAAGUCGUCAUCGGAUUGGUUACAAACCCAGCUAAUUGCUCCGGUCACGUAAAAGAAGAAAAGCUGCGCGCGUGUCUCAAAGAGUUGGUGAGCAGGUACCCGAGGAUCGGAGGAGUAAUGGGCUGGGAGUAUUACAACAGUGUCACGGAGGCCAGUCCGCAGAUCGGGGAGCCGUGGAAGUGGGCCGAGAUGAUCAAUGACAUGUUGAAUAUCACAUAG